AUGACCGCAUAUGUUGCCGCCGAUAUUGAUGAAAUGGCGAAUGAAUCCUGUAUGGUAUUGCAUGCUUGUCACCAUGUAACCAGGAGUUACCAAAAUUUGACUCAAGGUAAGGGAAAUCUAAAGAUACCAGUUACGCUACUGCCGAGCACAUCCGCUAUUAAUUUUUUGAUACAACGGGACAGAGGCAGCGUUUCACAAACAAACCCUCUAUCUGAGCGAUUUGCAAGAUACGAGUCGUCUUCCACGUAUCCUUGGCAUCCUAUACUGGUCAACUUGAGUACCAUGGCAUUUCCCUCUGUAUGGUUGAAGCAAGGAGGACAAAGUAGUAUGAAGCCCGUCGUAGGAGUAAUGCAAGCUUGGUCUUGUAUCGUCAUCUCGGUGUUUGCCAUUAUCAUCCUCUCUAUCAUCGGUGCUCUAUUCAAGAGCAACAACCACGCACUUUUAGGCGGAAAAGAAGAUCCUGAAGAUGGGGCUGCGGUUGCCGCUACGGUUUUUGGUGCUGUAGUUGUUUAUGCGGUUUUCAUUGUCGGCUGCGGUUUCCAAGCUUUCCUGCAUUUCCGCGAUAAUCGAAGAGGAGCUAUCUCUCUUUCUUAA